GCGCGCCGAAAAGUGUGUGCGGCAUGGCAAGUAACAGGUCAUGUAUUAACUGCUCCCUCAGCUUGCGGCCAUUUAUGCGUAGGAUUGUAUUGUCCGAAAUUCCUGACAAUAUCACGAACGUUUUACGAAACUGGACCUCUCCGACUCCGUUGACAUCAGACAGUAUUUUGUGCCAUGAAUGUUUCAUGUUGUUGCAAAAUGCCCUUUUACCCCAUGGAUCACAGACUCCCAGAGUAGGACAUCAGAGUGUCUGCUAUGCUUGUGGAGUUUCUAUAUUGAGAUCAAAAUCACGUCGAGUGCCAUUAGAUUGCUUUCAAAGAAACAUUAUUCUGCAAUGGAUCGCUCCACACCAGGUGACACGAAUGGAAAGAGUUUGCUGUGCAUGCUGGAUGGCUGCUACAAGAACAGUCGAACGACAGCAACUCCAUGAUGUUCAACGAUUGGAGAUUUCUACCACUCCUGGCCCUGGAGAAAUUAAUAUUUCCGUACCCUCACUGCCAGUACAAAAUAUGAACUCCACUCAAACAACCUCUGCAUUGUCGCAAGAUCUAAGUGAACAAGAAAUUAAUAUACCUAUACCACCUCCAAUGCCAGUACAAAACUCCAGUCAACCAACAUUGAGGGCACCUAAUAAAGUUUAUUCCAACUCAUACAGACGUGUUGCCGCUACGCCAAACCAUUGCUUAUUCAGUGACUGCAACAACACGGAGCGGCUGUUGAUACCAUCAGUAGUGAAGGAAUUGUUGUUAUGUCGCUAUAAAAUAUAUGUCCCAUUGAGUGCCCGGAUUUGUAACUUCCAUUUAAAUAGUAACUCAUGGAAUGAAUUAUUGGCUCCCUAUAAUGACUUCACUGGGCACCAAAUGGACAAUAUGUUGGCACUAAUGCAAAGAUCAGCUGAAAGAAAAAUAGAUUUCACAGAUAUCACUAAUUUGGAUGCAAAAAUGUGUCAUUUUUGGCUCGGAUUUACAAUAGAGCAGUUACAAGAACUACUGUUAAUGUUACCAUCCCUCAGUCAACAAGUACCAUCAGCAUGUUUGGCACUAAGCAUAUACUUAGCAAAAAUCAGAACUGGGGACAGUAAUGAACGGCUCUCUGAAUUUUUUAAUAUACCUCGCAGCACUCUAGAAAGGUAUAUGAAUAAAGUGCGAAACUGUUUAUCACAAGAAUUUGUGCCUUUAUGUUUGGGCUUUGGAUGCACAACAGUAGUUAAUGUGGCUGCUAGGAAUAAAAUAAUACCUGAGGGACUUUUUGGAAAUUCUGAACUACCUGGAGAUGUUAAACCAGCAAUUGUAAUAUGUGACGGAACAUAUGUUUAUGUUCAGAGUAGCAGCAAUUAUAAAUUCCAAAAAGACACAUACAGCCUUCACAAGUUUACUAAUCUCAUAAAACCUUUUAUGAUUGUAUGUUGCGAUGGUAAUAUUUUAGAAUGUUUAGGACCAUACAAAGCAACGAAAAAUGACUCGACCAUUCUUUCUGAAGAGUUAGCAAAUGAAGAAAGCCGAAUAAAUAUGUUUUUCAGAACUGGUGAUAUAUUCAUCCUAGACAGAGGGUUUCGGGAUGUUGUGCCUAAUCUGCAAGCUCUAGGUUACAAGGCUUAUAUACCAGAAUCUUUAAUGGAAGGUGAACAUCAACUCACAACCAUGCAAAGCAACAAAUCUAGAUGUAUCACCAUGUGCCGAUGGGUAGUAGAAAUUGUAAAUGGCAGAAUAAAACGUGAUUUUAAACUUCUACGACAAGAGUUUUUUAAUCGUGCUAUGUCACACGUGAUGGACGAUUUUAGAAUUGCAUGUGCUCUUACUAAUAAGUUUCACCCAUUAAUAGAAGAUCGUCCAGAAGAUGUAGAGUAUUUGGCAAUAGCACGACAAAGGCUACAUAUAGAGAAUCACCUAGCCGAAUUCGUUAUUACGGAAAAUAUUAAUAGACGGCGCGCUCCUUUUACAGCAAUCGAUGGUAAUAUACCACAAUUGGCAGACUUUCCCAAACUUGAGCUCGUAGACCUAAAAAGGUUUGCUUUAGGUUCAUAUCAGCUAAAACAAGUUAGAUCCUACUAUGGCGAACAUAUACGACAAAACGGUAAUUAUCUCAUAGAAGUAUCGGAAGAAUUUGAGGAAGAUUUGCCAUUAGUAUUGAGUGUUAAUAAUAAUUAUUUAGUUAGAGGAAGAAUAAAGUCUAGGCAUGUAUCCAGCAAAAUAUAUUACACAUAUAUUUUAGUGAACAAAAAUGAAAACGUAAGAAAUACUCUAGGCGCCAUAGUAGGAUACUACUGCUCAUGUCUGGUAGGAAAAAGAACCGUGGGUUGCUGUGCACAUGUCUUGUGUAUUUUAUGGUUCCUGAGCUGGGCACGUUUUAAUAAUAUUAGUGCUCCAGCUCUUUUUUUAAACAACAUAUUUUUAGAAGAAUAAAUCAUUUUUUAUAUUUUUCCUAUACAUUGUUUUAUUUUCUGCGAAUUUAGCCCUCGGCUGGAUUCUCACCUGACAGUAAGUGGUGAUAUAGCUUAGAUGGAAGCACGCUUACAUCAGUGUUGCCAACACAUUAGUUCCAAAUCACGUAGCAGUAGGACUUUGCUCAUAGCAGAGUCAAUUAUCCAGUAGGGUGGUAACUAGCCAC